AUUUCAUAUUUUCAUUUUCACCCUACCUUGCUCCUUUCCCCAACCAAAAAUCAAAUUAUUUAAUUCAGACAAUACCAGUGAGCUUCUCUCCCCGCCUAACAGAACUGAAGCAGCUGCCGCCUUCUUCAUCAUCAUCCCUUACCAAUUCUUCAUCAUCAUCGUUAUCAUCAAUCCACUUCAGGGUUUCUGUCACUAUCUGACUGUCUCAUCUCUCUCUCUCUCCCUCUCUCCCUCUCUCUCUCGUCAUGUAUAUAUCUGCUUGUUCUUGUCGUUCAUCCUCCUCCUCCUCCUCCUCCUCUGCAUUUUUCAGAGCUUCUAGGGUUCGUUUCUACUCUUCUCUCUCCAAGCCUUCUUCCCUGUCGUCGUCUAUUUCCUCUAAGCCUUCGGCUUCGUUCUCUCUCUCCAGAACAUCUGUUUCGUUUCCUCUCUGUAGACCCUCGCAGCUGUCCUCUGCUCACACGAUCAAACAGUCUCAUGCUCUCAGCUUCUCCUCGGCGUUACGUCCACUCCGGUCACCGGUUUGCCGCUGGAGCCACGGCGCCGACUGGAGAUCGCCGGUCAGUAUCCUCAGAACUGCUGCUCCUCUGGUCGAACGGUUCGAGCGAAACCUCGCUACCAUGGCUACUGAGCAUGCUUUCAAGGGAAUAUUGACUGGUCUUCCCAAGCCUGGGGGUGGCGAGUUUGGACAGUUCUACAGCCUGCCUGCUCUGAAUGAUCCAAGGAUUGACAAGUUGCCUUACUCUAUCAGGAUACUUUUGGAGUCUGCUAUACGCAAUUGUGACAGCUUCCAAGUUACCAAGGAAGAUGUUGAGAAGAUUGUUGAUUGGGAAAAUACUUCGUCGAAGCAAGUUGAAAUCCCAUUCAAGCCUGCUCGUGUUCUCUUGCAGGAUUUUACUGGUGUUCCAGCUGUUGUUGACCUUGCUUGUAUGCGGGAUGCUAUGAACAAGCUUGGCAGUGAUUCUAACAAGAUCAACCCUUUGGUUCCAGUAGACCUCGUCAUCGAUCAUUCAGUUCAGGUUGAUGUUGCAAGAUCUGAAAAUGCAGUACAAGCAAAUAUGGACCUUGAAUUUCAGAGGAACAAUGAGAGAUUUGCUUUUCUUAAAUGGGGAUCAACUGCUUUCCAUAACAUGCUUGUUGUUCCUCCUGGUUCUGGGAUUGUCCACCAGGUUAAUUUGGAGUACCUUGGACGUGUUGUUUUUAACACCAAUGGCAUUCUUUACCCUGAUAGCGUGGUUGGUACUGAUUCCCAUACAACCAUGGUUGAUGGGUUAGGUGUUGCUGGCUGGGGAGUUGGAGGGAUUGAAGCAGAAGCAGCAAUGCUUGGACAGCCCAUGAGCAUGGUUUUGCCUGGUGUUGUUGGAUUCAAGCUAUCAGGGAAAUUGCGAAAUGGUGUCACAGCAACCGACUUGGUUUUAACUGUGACCCAAAUGUUGAGGAAGCAUGGUGUUGUUGGCAAGUUUGUUGAGUUCUAUGGUGAGGGUAUGAGUAAAUUGUCAUUGGCUGAUAGGGCCACUAUUGCGAAUAUGUCUCCUGAAUAUGGAGCAACCAUGGGCUUCUUCCCUGUAGACCAUGUUACGUUACAAUAUCUUAAGUUAACUGGAAGAAGUGAUGAGACUGUUGCUAUGAUAGAAGGAUAUUUGCGUGCAAACAAAAUGUUUGUUGACUACAACGAGCCUCAACAAGAAAGAGUAUACACGUCCUAUUUGCAGUUGGACCUAGCAGAUGUUGAACCAUGUGUUUCAGGACCAAAGAGGCCUCAUGACCGAGUUCUUUUGAAAGAUAUGAAGGCUGAUUGGCAUUCAUGCCUUAAUAACAAAGUUGGGUUCAAAGGUUUUGCUGUACCAAAGGAGGAACAGAACAAACUUGUAAAAUUUUCAUUUCAUGGACAACCUGCUGAACUUAAGCAUGGUAGUGUUGUCAUAGCAGCUAUAACUAGUUGUACGAACACAUCUAACCCCACUGUCAUGCUCGGGGCUGGUCUUGUGGCAAAAAAAGCCUGUGAAUUGGGUUUGGAGGUGAAACCAUGGAUUAAAACAAGUCUUGCUCCAGGUUCUGGAGUUGUUACAAAAUAUCUGCUUCAGAGUGGCUUGCAGAAGUACUUGAACCAGCAGGGUUUUCAAAUUGUUGGCUAUGGCUGCACAACUUGUAUUGGGAACUCAGGAGAUCUUGAUGAAUCAGUUGCUUCUGCAAUUUCAGGAAAUGACAUUAUUGCUGCUGCUGUGCUGUCUGGAAAUCGAAAUUUUGAAGGUCGUGUUCAUCCACUGACUAGAGCUAACUAUCUUGCUUCACCUCCAUUGGUUGUUGCGUAUGCACUUGCUGGCACGGUUGACAUAGACUUUGAAAAGGAGCCAAUUGGAACUGGAGAGGAUGGUAAGAACGUGUAUUUCAAGGAUAUCUGGCCAAGCAAUGAAGAAAUUGCUGAGGCUGUUCAAUCGAGUGUUUUGCCUGAUAUGUUUAAGAGAACUUAUGAGGCUAUCUCAAAGGGUAAUCCCAUGUGGAACCAGCUCCCAGUCCCAGCUGGCAGUCUUUACUCUUGGGACCCAAAGUCUACGUACAUUCAUGAGCCUCCAUAUUUUAAGGACAUGACGAUGAACCCUCCAGGACCUCAUGGGGUGAAGGAUGCCUACUGCUUGCUCAGCUUUGGUGAUAGCAUUACCACUGAUCAUAUUUCUCCAGCAGGGAGCAUCCACAAAGACAGCCCGGCUGCAAAAUAUCUCCGUGAACGCGGGGUAGGUCCCAAGGACUUCAAUUCUUAUGGUAGCCGUCGGGGCAACGAUGAAGUGAUGGCAAGGGGCACCUUUGCCAAUAUUCGCAUUGUCAACAAGCUGUUGAAUGGAGAAGUGGGCCCAAAGACAAUUCACAUCCCAACAGGAGAAAAGCUUUAUGUGUUUGAUGCUGCAAUGAGGUACAAGGCUGCUGGGCAGGAUACUAUUGUCUUGGCUGGAGCAGAGUAUGGAAGUGGCAGUUCUCGUGAUUGGGCGGCCAAAGGCCCAAUGCUACUGGGAGUGAAAGCAGUGAUUGCCAAGAGCAUUGAGAGAAUUCACCGUAGUAAUCUGGUUGGAAUGGGCAUCAUUCCUCUUUGUUUCAAGCCUGGUGAGGAUGCAGACACAUUGGGUUUGACAGGUCACGAGCGCUACACAAUAGACCUUCCAAGUAAAGUCUGUGAGAUAAAGCCUGGCCAAGAUUUUACUGUCAGAACCAACAGUGGAAAAUCUUUUACAUGCACAGUCCGCUUUGACACCGAGGUUGAGUUGGCAUAUUUUGAUCACGGAGGCAUUCUUCCAUAUGUUAUCCGGAGCCUGAUAAAUGAUAAUAAGUGAAAGGAAUUUUGGAGCAGCAGCCUUCCCAGUUCCCACCCCAUCUACAUGCAUUUUUAUUGGAAUGUUCCAUACGGCAUCAGUUAGCUUCUAUGUGCAUUACAGAUAAUCGUAGGGUGGGCUUCUAUCUUCACCAGCAAACAAGAUUUCUGUUUAUCUGGACGUUCAAUAAAGCGGGGAAAGAGAAUGAUAUGAUUCCGUCUUUUGGAUGGAUGAACAUGGCUUUCAUACGCAUUGCCUAAUUUGCAAGGCAAUGACGUGAAAAGAGUAUUAGGAUCAGUAACAAUAAUUGUAAUGCAUUUUCUACAUGACAGGGUAUAUACUGUCUGUUUUGUUGUCUUAUACCCAUAUCCUUUGAGCUUUUAAGUCAAUUUGGCGGUGUAUUAGUGUAUAUUAUACUGUUACAUACGAGUGCUGUUCUUGAAUAAUAGGAACUUCGUUUCACAA